UCAGGUUACUAGCUUGUCAUUCCUACUCUUUCUAUCUUUUACUGCAACGAACCUAACGCCAAAUUUCCUUAGCGAUUCUAUCCGUCUUUGUUUCGCUUAUCACGUUUGGAAACAGCACUGCUCUAUGCCUUUUAGUGUCAGUGAUUUUGACGGAAAAAAGAGACAAAGAGUGUCAGAUAUCAAACGUGCGCUGAAAAAGCAUGGUGGUGUCAACGAUGUCACGGUGACGACAGAUCUUUGUGAUUGAAUCUCCAAGAAGGCGCGAAAAGGUCCGAAGAAUCCUCUCUUAACAUUCAGAAACGUGCUAUCGUCAACAGCCGAUAAAAUAUAGAUCGCUUCGUUACCGUGAACUAUCGUUGGAAUUAUUGUAAAGUGUCAACUGGUGCCUGCUGAAAAACUUCAAAUUCUUCAAGAAGUACAGUGCUGUCUUCUGAUGAAACGAUGCUCCUCUUCCAGAGGAGUAGUGAUAGCUGCAAGCUGGAUCGCUUUGCUUCGAAGGAAACAAAUUAACCUCACAAGAAUUAUUCACCGUUAAAAUGUUCAGUUUCGUUCGAUGUCAUGAAAAUGUCCUCGAAAAGGUGGAGAUUUUAAUAAAUUUCGAGUGUUCCUGAAUUAUCGAACGUCCUUUUCGAGUACACGAAGGAGCUUGCAUAUCAACGUCAAUCAUGUUCGGCUGCCCUAGAGAGGCCGUGCGGGUCAAAGUGAAGAAAUGCGAGACCAGGCACCAGCCGGAGUACCGGAAGUUCAGCGUGGACCCACAGAUAACAUCCAUCGAAGUGCUCCAAAGUAUACUCAUCAAAGCGUUCGAUAUUAAAGGAGAAUUUACGGUAUCUUAUCGAGCGAUCGACGACUAUGGAUCCGAAACGUACUUAUUCCUGCUUUCUGAUUGGGAUUUGGAUGCAGCGUUCAUCAGCGCAUCCGAGCCGUAUCUAUAUCUUCAGGUGAAUCUGAAACCUUUCGGAGAGACAGGCGACUGUGAGUGUUACUGGGAACAGAAUGUACAGGAAGUGUCGACGCGGCAAGAAACCGGGUUUCCAUACAAGACGCCCAAGUUACCUGGUCUCAUAAUGAAUAAGAUGGAGAGAACAUUGAACAUGGUUCAACGUGCUCUAGGUAACUUGGGUGAAGAAUCAUCACAUCAGCAAGGCUCCCAACCACCAAGACAACCAUUGACUGACGCUGAAUUUCGACGGUUUUUGGAUCCUAUCGGACAAGUGAUACAUCCUAAAGAACUGAGAGCUGUUAUAUACUUUGGUGGAAUAGAGCCUAGUUUAAGAAAAGUGGUUUGGAAGCAUAUUUUAAAUGUAUAUCCGGAGGGUAUGUCUGGACGUGAGAGGAUGGAUUAUAUGAAGAAGAAAUCGCAAGAGUAUCAAAAUCUACGAGAGCGAUGGAAAACUCUGGUACAGAAGGGUCAAAACGUUGGAGAUCUCGCUUACGUCACCAGUAUGGUGCGAAAGGAUGUUUUGAGGACGGAUAGGCAUCACAAAUUUUAUGGUGGUUCCGAUGAUAAUCAGAAUACGGCCAGUCUUUUCAAUAUUUUAACUACCUAUGCUUUGAAUCAUCCAAGUGUUAGUUAUUGUCAAGGUAUGAGCGAUCUGGCAUCACCUCUUCUAGUUACUAUGCGGGACGAAGCACAAGCUUACAUAUGCUUGUGUGCCCUUAUGAGAAGAUUGAAAGAUAAUUUCAUGCUCGAUGGAAUUGCGAUGACUACAAAAUUUGCUCAUCUGGCUGAAGGUUUGCAACAUUAUGAUCCUGAUUUCUAUGCUUACUUAAAAUCUCAUCAAGCAGAUGAUCUGUUAUUUUGCUAUCGAUGGCUUUUAUUGGAAAUGAAGCGAGAGUUUGCUUUGGAUGAUGCUUUAAGGAUGCUUGAAGUUCUAUGGGCAGCUUUACCAGCAUCACCUCCAAAUGGAGAACUUGGUUUAGCUGAAAUACCUUUUCCUCCGCCGUCACCACCUCCAAGCCCGAACGUGAAGCAUAUUCGUGAAAAUGCGUACACGAAGGUUUGCGCAAUUAGGCGGCAAAGUUCUUCCGCUAGUAUCGCCGCCGCAGGGAAAAGAAAGAAUCUGAACACAGAGGAACCCUCGUUACAAAGUUCAACAGAAACAAACGGCGAUUCAAAGAGAUCGAGCUCUCCGUACGAGACGUUUUCUGAACCGGAAAACGACUUGACAACUGCAAAGAAUCGAAGAAAUACAGAAUCCACGGAAAAGUGCCUAAGUACAGAUUCUUUGCCUGGUAAAUCUAAACGUGUAAAUUUAUUGGAAUUAAAAGAAAGACUAUCGUUACCUAAUAGAGAUCAGAGCAAAAGCAAUGAACAGAAUGAUGGUGAAAAAAAGUGUGCUCGAGUAGUAAAAAAUUUAAAUGAAUUUUUAAACUUUACAAGUCUGAACCGUAGUAAAAUAACACCAUGCGAUGCUGAACCAGAAUUAAGACGCGUUUCGAGUGAGAGUGGAGUUAUUAGAGUACUGAGAGACGAGCCAAGCUCUCCGGAUGAUCCAACAGAUUUCUUCCCAAUGACUACUUCAAUGACUAGAGAAUUAAGACUGGAAUUAGAAUCACUCGAUCGACAAGUCUUCGGGCCAUCGCCACCGAGCGAUCAACAAUGUGAUUGCGUUCUUUCUAAGAAAGAAGGCGAGCUAAUUGAUAGUGAAACUGAUACUGAAUUAGCAAGAUGUAGCCCAGCUGCAGACGUAUUCGUUUGGGAGAAUCCCCUUCACACAUUGCAACAAAAGAAUCAUCCUGCUACACCAGAUGAACAAGCAGAACUCGAAUAUGAUGGUGAAAUAUUGGAGGAUCAGAAUGGUGUUAAAUCAGUGACUCCCAUUAGAUUACUUAAACGCACUACUAGAUCUGAAUCGGCUUCAGACAGCGAAGAAACUGAAGGUUGGCAACAAAACGCAACAGUGUCCGAAAGUCCAACGAAAUCCGUGCAAGAGCACUGUGAAGAAGCUACAGAACUUACGAAUCUUAUUCCAGCGGGUACCAGUGAAGACCAGUUAGGAGAAAGUUCUUUACCUCCACCUCACGAAUUCGGUGGUGGUAAUCCGUUUCUUAUGUUUUUGUGUAUCACUUUGUUACUUCAACACAGAGACUUCGUUAUGCGUAAUCAAAUGGAUUACAAUGAAAUGGCGAUGCAUUUUGAUAAAAUGGUUCGCCGGCAUAAUGUUAUCCGAGUGCUCAAUCAAGCAAGACAGUUAUUCGCUGGUUACCUCAGAAGGCAUUCUUCAUCGUCUCUAGCUGGAAAAUCAGACUCUGUAAACGUGUAACCAUGAAAUGCUUGGAUGUUGUACUUAAUAAUACCAUAUGCAUUAUAAAAUGGACGAUUUUAAAAUAUCUUGCACCGUUCAAGACAAAUCAUAAGAAAAUAAAUUCAAAAUAUGUUUUUUAAAUCAGAAUAGUGAAUCAAAAGGCUCCUGUAUAAAACUAUCAGGUAAAAUACGUAUCAGUGAUAAACUAGGCAAUAAGAAAUUAAAAUAUACAUUCUUAAGGUGCUCCGUUAAAUGUAUGUAAAAUCAUUAACUUUUCUUACAUAGUCUUUUAACAUCUUUUAUGUACUUGUUAAAAUGUUCACAGUAUUUUUAUUAACUGAUAUUUUUAAAGAACUUUUUAUAACGUUUACCGACGUUCAUUUGCAUUUUUCUUCUUCUACUGUCUGUUAAUAAGUUUUCUAUCGACAGAAAUUUAUUUUCUUAAAUAAAAUUAAUUUCAAUUUGAAAGGGUGGAUCCUCCUUAUGGUCGUGUAUAAGCAAAUACGAAUACAUAUGUAAACUCAUGCAAUUAAUUACCUGCAGUAUAUUAGUACUAGUAACUAUCCAUUCGGUACAAUUUUUUAUGUAGUUACAAUAAAUUGAAUAUUUCUUUGAUAUUUAAUACGUGAAAUUAAAAAUACAUCUUAAAACUGAAAACGUAUUUGAAUCGUGAAUGGUAUGCAGUUAGUUUUAUUCACUAUCUACACCAUUCCUCGGCAUUAUGCACAAUACUAAUUGCACCAAUUCGUACCCUUUCACUGUACCUCGAUUUAAGAUUAAGUAACUAGCUUAAAUUUGUAAAAUACAUAUAAUUAACUUAGUAACCGUAUCUUAAUUUGUUCUCAAACAAUGUGCUUGAGAAACGACAAUAAACUGCAUUUAAUUUUAA